AUGGCUGAAUCAUUUCUCUUCACCAUCGCGGAGUCCCUCCUAACAAAGCUUGCUUCUCAUGCAUUUGAAGAAGCUUCUCGAGUGGUGGGUUUAUACGACAGUCUUCAAGAUUUUAACGACACUCUCUCUAUAGUCAAGGCUGUGCUGUUAGAUGCUGAACAAAAGCAAGAGCACGACCAUGAGCUGCGGGCAUGGCUCAAUCAGCUUAAAGCUGUCUUCUCUGAUGCCGAAGAUAUGCUGGAUGAAUUUGAGUGUCAAACACUACGAAAGAAAGUGGUCAAAGCUCAUGGCAACACCAAAGAGAAGGUAAGUCACUUCUUCUCAACCUCUAAUCCUCUAGUUUUUCGUUACAAGAUGGCUCACCAAAUUAAAGAUCUCACCGAAAGACUAGACAAGGUUGCAGAGCGUAGGAGUAAGUUUGGUCUUCAAAAAAUUGAUGCUGAUACACGUGUCGUUCAUACUAGAGAAAUGACACACUCCCGUCUGAGUGAUUUAGAUGUGAUAGGAAGGGAACACGACAAAGAAAAGAUCAUAGAGCUUUUGAUGCAGCAGAAUACUGAUGAUGAUGAUACUAGUCUCUCUGUUGUCCCCAUUGUGGGAAUUGGAGGCUUAGGAAAGACUACACUCGCAAAGUUUGUGUUCAAUGACAGCAGGAUCCAGGAGUGUUUCCCAUUGAAGAUGUGGGUUUGUGUUUCUGAUGACUUUGACGUUAAGCUGCUGAGUAUCAAAAUCAUCAAUUCUGCCAAUGAUCUAGCUUCUGCUGACGCUCCUCCUCACCUACAGAAUUUGAACAUGUUGGAUCUGGAACUACUGCAAAAGCAACUGACAAACAAACUUUCCGGUAAAAAAUUCCUACUCGUCUUGGACGACGUUUGGAACGAAGACCGUGUUAAGUGGAUGGAGUUGCGGAAUUUAAUCCAAGUAAGUGCAGUAGGAAGUAAAAUUCUAGUGACCACACGCAGUGCUUCAAUUGGUUCCAUGAUGGGCACAGUUCCCUCUCACAUUUUGAAAGGCCUUUCUCAAGAGCACUCUUUGUCUCUCUUUAUCAAAUGGGCAUUUAAAGAAGGAGAAGAGAAAAAACAUCCUCGCUUAGUAGACAUUGGCAGAGAAAUUGUGAAAAAAUGCAGAGGGGUUCCUUUGGCUGUGAGAACAUUAGGGAGUUUACUAUUCUCCAAAUUUGAGGCUAGUGAAUGGGAAUAUGUGAGGGAUAAUGAAAUUUGGAAUUUGCCUCAGACAAAGGAUGGCAUUUUACCUGCUCUUAAAUUAAGUUAUGAUCUCAUGCCGUCUUAUCUAAGGCAAUGUUUUCCAUUGUUUUCUCUUUACCCAAAGGAUUAUGAAUUCAACAGUUUUGAGGUGACUACUCUUUGGGGGGCACUCGGACUCCUCGAAUCACAAAAAAAUAAUAGAAGGCUGGAAGAUGUUGCCAACCAGUAUUUGUAUGAACUACUAUCGAGAUCUUUUCUUCAAGAUUUUGCGGACAAUGGCACUGUUUAUGGAUUUAGAAUACAUGAUUUGAUGCAUGAUCUUGCUCUAACGGUUGCAAAAGAUGAGUGUCUACAAAUAAAUUCCAUCAUUGAAAACAUUCCAGAGAAUGUUCUGCAUCUGUCUUUUGUUGAAAGUAAUCUGUUUGGAAAUUUACGAAGGAGAAAAGCACUACCUGUGAGAACCGUACUGUUUCCAAAUGGUGCAGAAGAUGCCAACUGUGAAGCUUUACUAAAGACUUGUUUGUCAAAGUUCAAAUAUUUGAGAGUUUUGGAUUUAAAUGGUUCGACAUUGGAGACUUUGCCCCGUAGCAUUGGUAAGUUGAAACACUUGAGAUAUUUGGAUAUUAGCAAAAGUCAAAUGAUUAAGAGACUCCCCAAUUCUAUAUGCAAGCUCCAAAAUCUGCAAGUGUUGAAGCUUGACGGGUGCAUGAAGCUGGAAGCAUUGCCCAAAGGACUAAGAAAGUUAGUAAGUCUCCGGCAUUUGGAGUUCAGCACAAAGCAAUCUGUUUUGCCUGAAGAUGAGAUUGCUAGCCUGGGCUUGCUUGCAAAUCUGUCUAUUGAAUCAAGCCGUAAAUUGAAGUCUAUCUUCGAAGGGGUGAAAUUCCCUGCUGUUAAAGUAUUGAAUGUCAGUGACUGUCAGAGUCUAAAGUCUUUGCCACUGGAUGGUACACAUUUUCCUGAAUUAGAAACUUUGUUUGUUGAAGACUGUGAUGAUUUGGACUUGGAACUGUGUAAGGGCCACAAUGAAGCACAGAGCCCCAGGCUGAAGUUAAAAACUGUUGAAUUUUCAACUUUAUCACAGCUACUGGCCUUGCCUAAAUGGCUUGAAGAAGCUGCCAACUCCUUACAGUGUUUGCAUAUUUCAAAUUGCGACAACAUUGAAACACUUCCAGACUGGCUGGCAACUUUCACCAAUCUGAAAACACUUUGUAUAACAGAUUGUCCGAAGUUGGUAUCUCUCCCAGAUAACAUCCAUCACCUCACCACACUUGAAAGCUUGAGGAUUGAAGGUUGUCCUGACUUGUGCAAAAAAUAUCAGUCCCAUGUUGGAGAGUUGUGGCCCAAAAUAUCACACAUCAAAGACACUUUCAUUGAUAAUCCAGAAGAGCUGGAGAAGAAUUAG